AUGGAGCCGCCUGCAGAUUGUCAAGAGAUCUUGGAUGCUGGUCAGAGCACUAGCGGUGUGUAUACCAUCCAGCACGCAUGCCAGAAUAUGCAGGUCUACUGCCGCAUGGAGCCGGAGUCGGGGAAAGGAUACAUAGUGUUUCAGAGACGCCUGGACGGCUCGGUGAGCUUCAACCGAACCUGGCAGGAGUACAUCGAGGGUUUCGGGGAUCUGACUGGAGAGUUCUGGCUAGGCAGCCAGAAGAUGAAUAGUCUGAUUGUUACCUUUGGGUGGGAGCUGGUCAUCACUCUGAAGGCGUUCGAUGGGGAUGAGGCACGUGUUCGUUAUGAGAAAUUCAAGAUAUACUCACCUGAGGACAAUUACGGGAUUUAUAUCAGGGACUUCAGUGAGGAGACUGGACAUGCAGACAACGACCAUGACAAAGACGAGAAACACUGCGCUGAGAAAUUCCAGGGAGGCUGGUGGUAUGAGUACUGCGGUAGCACCAGCGACGAUUGCUUCAAGAGCAACCUGAAUGGCUUGUACUACAACAACGCAACAGUCGAUGAUUACAUGGGGAUACAGUGGGUCACUUGGAAGGGUAAACAGGUCUCUCUCAAAGGGUGCGAAAUGAUGACACGACGCGGACCGUAA